AUGCCGAUGGUUGGUGUUAAAGCCCCUUUCGCCAAUAUUCUGGAUAGGAAGCAAGGAAUUAUUCUCCAGAGCAGAGCAGACGUGGAUCAAGGUCAUACAGGAAGGCUCUACUUUCCUAAGUGGCUGCUAAACACCUUCCACACCCAAGCCAAGUUGACCCAAGGUGAAUACUUUUCGGGAUACUUUCAUCUCCUCGAGCAAGCCCCUUCGCCACAGCUGAAUGAAUCUGACACUCCUGUUGGUGGAAACACUCCCCGGAGCAGCCGCAUAAGACACGUCACGUUGUGGCAGCAAGCGGUGGUGGCGUGCGCUGGCGCUCGCUCCAUCAACUCCGGUUGGGUCCUUCCGGCGGGCAACAUCGGCACCUCGGGCAUCCUGCGCAAGGAUGGCUCCACCAAUCUGUUCGGCCAUGACUUCGCUCACAGCAUCAUUUCCAUCGGACCCGCUGGCAUCAUCCUGAAGGACGGCCCACCCAUCCAGCUCGACGCCGACCUCAACAUGGUGGGCCGCAGCAAGCGCUCCACCGAUGGAUUGGUCAAUAAUGCUGGCAACAUCGGCCGCUCCGGAAUUGUGCGCAAGGACGGCACUAUUGAGCUGUUCGGCCACGACAUGGCCCAUGAGAUCCUUUCCUUUGGCCCCUCCGGCAUCAUCCUGAAGAACGGUCCUCCCAUCCACCUGGACGAGAACCUCAAGAUGACGGGCCGCUCCAAGCGCCACAUCGUUGGGCCCACCGGCAUGAUCACCUCGUGGGGUCAGAUCGUCCAGUUCAGGGAGCCUUUCACGACGGUCGUGUCUGAUGGGCCGAGCGGCAUCGUCCUCUCCGACGGCCAGAACAUCCAGAAGCCAGCUGUGGGCAUGAUUAUUUCUCGUCAGGUUGUGGCAGCAGCGGUGGUGGCGUGCGCUGGCGCUCGCUCCAUCAACUCCGGUUGGGUCCUUCCGGCGGGCAACAUCGGCACCUCGGGCAUCCUGCGCGACGCCAUUUCUGUUUGCCACGACAUGGCCCAUGAGAUCCUUUCCUUUGGCCCCUCCGGCAUCAUCCUGAAGAACGGUCCUCCCAUCCACCUGGACGAGAACCUCAAGAUGACGGGCCGCUCCAAGCGCCACAUCGUUGGGCCCACCGGCAUGAUCACCUCGUGGGGUCAGAUCGUCCAGUUCAGGGAGCCUUUCACGACGGUCGUGUCUGAUGGGCCGAGCGGCAUCGUCCUCUCCGACGGCCAGAACAUCCAGAAGCCAGCUGUGUAAGAGAUGGCCCGAAUCUGACAACACGAACAAUGACCGUCGGUU